AUGUUCGCCCGCAGCAAGGUCGCACUCACAUUCUUUUGCCUCGUCGUCGCCCUGGGUUUGGCCACCGUAUCCGAGGCGAACUCGCUCGUUACCCCCGCCCGCGGCCAUGUUGAGCUCUCCCGCAUGAUCAAGAAACGUGCGGAUGUCAGCGGCUUCCCCCUCCUGCCCGUCUUCGGCGCAGAGAGCGACCCCACCAGCACUGCCAGCACUGGUUCAAGCACCGCUACCUCUGGUUCGGCGACGGGUACGUCCUCGUCGGCGACUUCGUCCGUAACGGCGUCGUCGGCCGCCUCUACCUCCUCCUCGGCCACGUCCUCGUCUGCGACGUCCGCAAGCUCCGCGUCCACGAGCAGCGAUACUUCGUCUUCCGCCGCCUCGUCGUCUGCCACGUCCACCUCGAGCAGCACGACUUCUUCGGCGCCCAGCUCCACCUCCUCGGCCACGCCUACGUCCACGAGCGAGGCGGACAUCUCGUUCACCUCAGCGCCUGGCCCGGACACCGAUACCCAGACCUCCUCGGCCCGCUCUACCUCGACUAACUUCGUCACCGUCACCGACAGCAGCGCACAGGCUUCGGCCACUUCCGGCGCGUCGACCACCGGCGCCGUGAAGACGGACAACAGCCACAUCACCCGCACGACGAUCAUCGUCAUCGCCGUCAUCGCGUCCACGGUCGGUGGAAUCGCGCUUGCGUGGACCAUCUUCCGCAAGUGGAAGCUCCGCCCGUCGUCCAACUUCGACGACCGCAUGCAGCCCAUCGACUGGCAGCCGACCGCGCCCGAGGACGCCGGGAUCAUUCCGAGCCACCGCCGCGCGGGCUCGAACGAGUCCCACGGCUCGUUCAAGUCCUCCAGUCACGGCCACGGCGCGGCGGGCCUCCAGCCCCUCCCCGAGCACGACUUCACCGCAGGCGCGUCGCUUGCGCCCGUCGGCGGCUACGCGGACCUCCAGCGUGGCCCGAGCCCGCAGCCCAGCAUGGCGGAGCUCUCGCGCGGCCCGAGCAUGAACCGCCCCGGCUACGACUACGGCAUGCCCAUGCAGCAUCAGGGCAUGGGUGGUGGCGCGUACGACUACGGCCACGGCGCUCGCUACUAG